CCGGAAAAAUGGUGGCGUGAUUACACGCGCUGUGCUGUGCAUUAAGCGUGUAUUAGUAUUUAGUGAUUGCAAUGAGGCACCACCGUCACAUUUGAGAGGGGGUUAGGUGGAGUUAAUCUCUCAUUAAGGAAAACUAACCGUGGUUAAGGAUGUUGGAGUUCACUGUGUUGGGGUAGUCAUGUCAUCACACAUCACUGAGAUGGAGACAUAGUGAGAGUGUGUGCGUGUGUUUGAGGGAGGGAGAGAAUCAAGUUCUUUGUAUAAAGACAUCCAAUUUGUCGUUAGUUGGGUGUAAUAGGCGAAAAAUAUCACUAUGAAUUUUCUGUUUUUGUAGGCAAAAAGGUAAGAGAAAAGGGAUUCCCAGUUGAUGCCAUUACUCACUGAGGUGAGUGUGUGUGUGUGAGUGAGUGAGAGAGGGUGUGACUGAGAAAACAAGAAUCUUUGGGUGUCUGUCUCAUACAUCAACUCACACCACCUCUCUCUUGCUUAUUGUUUUCAAGGGUAGAAUUUUCUUCAUUGCUGCUGUGAAAAUCUUCUUCCUUUUCUUUCUCUUCUGUUCAUUCAUCUUUUGGGCUACUUUCUCCUAUUUUGAGCUUCUUCGUUAUAGUACAUUUUUAUAUAUCUUGAUGUUCGGAUCGAUUUAAGUUUUCACGCAGCCAUCCUUAACGUUGCUCCAAUUCUAAGUGUCUCUGGAUGAUUUUUAUUGUUUGAUUUCUGAAAUUGCAUCCUGAUUAUGGUUGUUUGAGGGACUAUGAAGUGGAAAAUUGAAUAAGCCUGCUUCUGCAUCUUGUACACCAAACCAAGGUUCAUUUGGCUAUCAUCAAAAUGGUUUCGAGGUCAUAUUCUAACUUGUUAGAUCUUACUUCCUGUGGCUCCCCAAGUUUUGGUCGCGAGAAGAAAAGGCUCCCUCGAGUGGCAACUGUUGCUGGAGUAUUGUCAGAGCUAGAUGAUGAGACCGGCAACAGUGUUGGCUCUGAUACUCCAUCCUCAGUCUCUCAAGAGAGGAUGAUCAUUGUUGGUAACCAGCUUCCAUUAAGGGCACACAGAAAAGACAAUGGUACUUGGGAGUUCACAUGGGAUGAAGACUCGCUUCUUUUGCAGCUGAAAGAUGGUCUUGGGGAUGAUGUGGAAACUGUCUAUAUUGGUUGUCUUAAAGAGGAGAUUGAGCCAAGUGAGCAAGAUGAUGUUGCUCAGUACUUGCUUGACACUUUCAAAUGCGUCCCCACGUUCCUCCCUCCUGAGCUUUUUACUAAAUUCUAUCAUGGAUUCUGCAAACAACAUCUAUGGCCUUUAUUUCACUACAUGCUUCCACUGUCACCUGAUCUUGGAGGUCGAUUCGAUAGGUCCCUUUGGCAAGCUUAUGUUUCAGUGAACAAGAUAUUUGCGGAUAAAGUGAUGGAAGUCAUUAGCCCUGAUGAUGAUUUUGUGUGGGUUCAUGACUACCAUCUGAUGGUACUCCCAACUUUUUUGCGAAAGAGAUUUAACAGGGUGAGGCUAGGAUUCUUCCUCCAUAGUCCAUUUCCUUCAUCUGAGAUAUACCGAACCCUUCCUGUUAGGGAUGAACUUCUUAGAGCUCUUCUGAAUUCUGACCUUAUUGGGUUUCAUACUUUUGAUUAUGCCAGGCAUUUCCUUUCCUGCUGCAGUAGAAUGCUUGGGAUUUCUUACCAAUCUAAGCGGGGCUAUAUUGGUCUUGAGUACUAUGGUAGAACUGUAAGCAUUAAGAUUCUUCCUGUUGGUAUUCAUAUAGGUCAGCUCCAAUCAGUCAUGAGUCAUCCUGAGACAGAAAACAAGGUUGCAGAGUUAAAAAACCAAUUCAGAGAUCAAAUUGUGCUGCUUGGGGUCGAUGACAUGGAUAUAUUCAAAGGAAUCAGCUUAAAACUUUUGGCCAUGGAACAAUUGCUUUUACAACAUCCUGAUAAGAGGGGCAGAGUUGUUCUGGUCCAAAUUGCAAACCCUGCAAGAGGCCGGGGAAAGGAUGUCCAGGAGGUGCAAAGUGAAACUUAUGCCACGGUGAAGAGGAUAAAUGAUACAUUUGGAAGGUCUGGAUACACACCUGUAGUCUUGAUUGAUACACCACUUCAGAGUUAUGAGCGAAUUGCUUACUAUGUGAUUGCAGAAUGUUGCCUUGUUACAGCAGUGAGAGAUGGGAUGAACCUUAUACCCUAUGAAUAUGUAAUUUGUAGACAAGGAAAUGAGAAGAUAGAUGAGAUUUUAGGGACAGACCCUCUCGCUCAAAAGAGGAGCAUGCUGGUGGUGUCUGAGUUUAUUGGCUGCUCCCCUUCAUUGAGUGGGGCAAUUCGAGUAAAUCCAUGGAACAUUGAUGCUGUUGCUGAAGCUAUGGAUUCUGCGCUGAUGGUCCCGGAGGCUGAAAAGCAGAUGCGGCACGAGAAGCAUUAUAGGUAUGUUAGUACGCAUGAUGUUGCAUAUUGGGCACGUAGCUUCUUGCAGGAUCUGGAAAGGGCAUGCAGAGAGCAUCUGAGGAGGAGAUGCUGGGGAAUUGGUUUUGGUUUAGGCUUUCGAGUGAUUGCUUUGGAUCCAAACUUUAGAAAGCUAUCCGUGGAACAUAUUGUUUCAGCUUAUAAGAGGACCAAGCACCGAGCAAUUCUUCUGGAUUAUGAUGGUACUAUGGUGCAGCCUGGAUCAAUGAGUACAACACCUAAUGCUGAAGCCGUUAGCCUCUUGAACAGCUUGUGCAGGGACACCAAGAAUUGUGUUUUCAUUGUAAGUGGAAGGGAGAGAAAGACUCUUACUGAAUGGUUUUCUUCUUGUGAAAGGAUGGGAAUUGCUGCAGAGCAUGGUUAUUUUGUGAGGGCAAAUCAAAAUGCAGAAUGGGAAGCUUGUGUUCCGGUGCCUGAUUUUGAGUGGAAACAGAUUGCCGAGCCAGUUAUGCAGUUAUAUACGGAAACAACCGAUGGUUCUAACAUAGAGGCCAAAGAAAGCGCUCUUGUUUGGAAUUAUGAGUAUGCAGAUCGAGACUUUGGUUCAUGCCAAGCUAAGGAGCUUUUUGAUCAUUUGGAAAGUGUUCUUGCCAAUGAGCCUGUUUCUGUUAAAAGCAGUCCAAACAUUGUGGAAGUAAAGCCUCAGGGUGUGAGUAAGGGUAUUGUAGCAGAACGUCUUCUCUUAACAAUGCAACAAAAGGGAGUGACUCCCGAUUUUGUUCUAUGCAUUGGGGAUGACAGAUCAGAUGAGGACAUGUUUGGGGUGAUAAUGAAUGCAAGGGCAUCACUAUCUCCAGUUGCUGAGGUGUUCCCUUGCACCGUUGGCCAGAAACCUAGCAAGGCCAAGUAUUACUUGGACGACACAAGCGAGAUUUUGAGAAUGUUGCAGGGCCUUGCCAAUGCUUCAGAGAUGCCUACUAGAAUUUCUUCCUUACCUAGUCAUUAAGUUUUUUUUUUUUAAAUGUGUAGCAAACAUAUACUAUACUGGGAUAUCUAUAUCUUGUGCUAGAUUUCUUGAUCUAUUUUUAUUUUGUGGCUGACUUGCCUUCAUUUAUUGAUAUCCCAACGUUGUUGCAAGUUGCAACUACCAAUAGGUUGUUUUGAAAGUGGAUGAAUUAUUACAUGGUGUAUUGUACUUGUAUUUAUUGUUUUUUUGUCUUCCCUAUUGGUUCGGACCAUUUUGAUGUAUGAUAACGUGAUUCUUGAUUUGGAAUGAAUGAAUGGUAGGAUUGUGAAUGCCCUGUAUGAAA